CCCUCUCUCUCUCUCUCUCUCUGAUUGUUGUUCUCUCUCUCAUAAUGAAUGUUCUGGAGCACAACGACUUUAUCAACGUCAGUAAGGAAGAAACUGCCAUUGGGAAACACCAGUGUCAAGAUCCCAAAAAGGUGACUAUCUGCAUUUUGUUAUUAUCCACUGCUUGAACAAUAUUAUAUUCAAUGGCAUAAAUAAGGGGGUGGAGAGAAAAGGAUGGGAGACUUGGAGGGACAUAAUUCAAUGGUCAUGGAAAAGCAAAUCAUAUUUGACACAUUUCCCACAACGUAACCCUGUGUAACUGCUGACUACAUUGAUGUGUGUCUGUCUGUCUGUCAUUGACGUUGUCUGUCUGUGUGUCUUGUUGCGUUCCAGUACCUCUCUCUGGAUGGUAACAGUCUGACCACAGCUGAUCUGGUCCGUUUGGGGAAAGGCCUGUUCAACAUCAAGGUAUGAUUUAAAGAAGACCAUGCUCCAGCAUAGUCCAAUCAGAACGUUAUCAGCUGUGCUGGCGGACUGCUGUCGGUUAACAUUUGAACUCCUCUGUUUUGUCACCCAGCUGACCUGCGAGGCUGAAGGGAAAGUCAAUGAAGCCAGAGAAGUGAUAGAAACCAUCAUAAAAGAAAACCGAGGUAUGGGAGAUCAUAGAUUAAUAUAAUAUAUAGCUAUAGAUUAAUAUAAUGUGUGAUUCUACAUGUGUUUAUAUGUCAAUGUAUAUCAAUGUGUGUUUUUUCCCCUGUAGUUGUCUAUGGCGUCAACACAGGGUUUGGGAAAUUUGCCCAUACACUCAUUCCGAAGGAUAAACUCAUGUAAGUUGUUUAUUAACUAGCUGGGAAGAACAAGUAUUUUCCCAUCUGAAUAAACAUUGUGCGCUAGAUCUGUUUGUCAAUCACUAACUGUCAGAAUCAUUUAUUGACUGUGUGUGUUUUCUUUGUCUUUAGGGAACUACAGGCGAAUCUGAUUCGAUCUCAUAGUGCUGGUGGGUUACCAUGCUUAUAGAAACCGACUAUAUGUCAUUAUAAUACCUUUAUUUCCAAGGGACAGAUCAGGCCUAUCCUUGACUAAAUUGCACCCCUGGUGCUCAUAUUGAAAUACUUUUCGAUGUGUGUGUGUGUGUGUGUGUGUGUGUGUGUGUGUGUGUGUGUGUGUGUGUGUGUGUGUGUGUGUGUGUAGGAGUGGGCACCCCAUUGAGUGUAGAGAGGACCCGUAUGCUACUGGCUCUGAGGAUCAACGUUCUGGCCAAAGGGUACAGUGGCGUCUCCAUGGAAACGGUCCAGGCUAUGGUCAAAGCCUUCAAUGGUAAACCCAGUCUACAAUAACAACCUGAAUUGAAAUUCUGAUUCAACAUUUUGACUUACUAAAGCCAAGCGUGAACUCUGUUUUUGUCUGUGGGUGUGUUUGUGCAUGUGCACGUGCACGUGUGUGAGUGUGUAUAUGCAUGUCCUGUCCAGGUACAUUGUGCUUGUGUGUAUCUGUGUAUCUGUGUGACUGUGUGUGUGUGAGUGUAUCUGUGUGACUGUGUGUGUGUGUGCGAGCGAGUACACAUGUGGUGCACACUGCGCAGAACAUCGGAAUAAUUAUCACUGUGAAGCAUUGUAAUGUUGUAUCAUGCAUUGUUUGUUUGUAUCAAUUCAUCCCUAACUGGUGAUUUAACACGAAAAUAAAAUGUCAUUAAUUAAUCUAUUCAUUCGUUCAUGCAUGCAUUUGUUUUGUGUGUGCGCGUACAUGCGUGUGUGCGUGUGACGGAUAUCUCGCUCUACUCUCCCAGCCUCCUGCCUGUCGUUGGUGCCAGAGAAGGGGACGGUGGGGGCUAGUGGAGACCUGGCCCCCCUGGCCCACCUCACCCUGGGUCUUAUGGGAGAGGGCAGGAUGUGGUCGCCUCAACGCGGCUGGGACCACGCCAAAACAGUUGGGCUACCCACAAUGCCUCUCUCUCUCAACCCAAAGACACACCUCAGAGAACCACAGUGUUUUUGUUAGAUAAAAUGUAUAAAUGACGGCCCCUAACUCGUUUCCUGUCUGUCUGUCUUUCUUUCUUUCACCUCUCCUUUAUUCUUUCUUUCCUCCUUUUCCAGGUACUGGAGUGUCAUGGACUCACACCUUUGGUACUGAAGCCUAAAGAGGUACAGUUCCAGAGCUGUGGUAAUAGGAACUCUCUUGGUUUGACUAUUUGUUGGUUUUUCUAUCAGGCAUUGAUUAAGUAGUCUUGUAUACUGAUUAUUGAUAACUGGGGUUAGACGAUAUCAUAUCUGGGAUAUAAUAGCAGUAGAUAGUGAUGUCAUUGAGGAUCAAGUAAUGGUAAGUGUUUUAUCGUGCAGGGCAUCGGUCUGAUCAACGGGACUCAGAUGAUGUCAUCUCUGGCGGCGGAGGCAGUGGAGAGAGCUGUGGGUGUGGCCAGGCAGGCUGACAUCAUCACUGCCCUCAGCCUGGAGGCCCUGAGGGGCACCACCAAGGUCUUCCACAGCGGUCAGACACACACACACACACACAUAUAUAGUGAAUUCACUGUUGGAGCUUUGAUGCUAUAAGAAGUUAACCGUUCCAUUCCAUUGUGUACUGGUCUGUUCUGCCCUUCCAGACAUCCAUGCAGUGAGGCCACACCCUGGUCAGAUAGAGGUGGCUCUGAGACUCCGCUCUCUACUCCACUCUGAAGUCUUCCCCUCCCAGAUCUCUGGUAAAGUCAGGCAGGCGAAACACACACACACAGAAACACACACUCAAUUAUUGUCCAUUUUGUGUCCAAAUAAAGACGUUUAGUCCAUUGGUGGAAACCUUAACAGUGCUGUUUGGUCGUUUCCUGUCUCUGACUUCCUUUGUUGUGUUUUCCUGUAGAGAGUCAUAGGACAUGUGACCGUGUCCAGGAUGUAUACACCCUCCGCUGUAUCCCUUCAGGUAGAGUGUGUUUGGGUGUGUUACACAUCUUUGUACCCCUGCAGUGAGGGGCUGGAGUGAACUAACCCUAGUACCAGUGUUUAUUUUUGUCUCUCUCCUCUCUUUUAGGUUCAUGGGGUGGCUAACGACACCAUAGCCUUCGUGAAGAACAUCCUCUCCACUGAGCUCAACAAUGCCACUGACAACCCUGUAUCCUCCCACUGAGUUACAUUGUUAUAUUUACUUGAAGACAUCAUCUCUUUCUUUGAUCUCCUUUUAGUCCCCCAGUGAUUAUAUAAAUUCACCACAAGGAGGAGCCCUUGGACUAGCCCAUAUGGGUUUUGGUUUCCUGUAUACAGCUUUUAUUAGAGACUCAUAAUGUUGUCCCAGAUAUGAAACCUUAACUCUCCUCCAGCUGGUUUUUGCAGAGCGAGGUGAGACCAUCUCUGGGGGUAAUUUCCAUGGAGAAUACCCAGCCAAGGCAGAGUCACAGACAAACAGAUUCACUCCAUUCAAUAAUUUCCUCUAGUCCUUCAGUACUGUUCCCCCUCUUUCCUAGCCUGGUCCUUGAUAUGUUUGUACUGCCUUACCAAUGAUCAUAGGAGUUAGCAAGGCAGCACAAACUGAUCUGGGACCAGAAUAACCCUCUCUCUCCCCCAGGCUCUAGACUACCUGGCCAUCGGUGUCCAUGAGCUGGCCAGUAUGAGCGAGAGGAGGACAGAGAGGCUGGUCAACCCCUCCCUCAGUGAGCUGCCUGCCUUCCUGGUCCAAGAUGGAGGCCUCAACUCUGGCUUCAUGAUUGCACACUGCACUGCUGCCGCCCUUGGUAGGUCUCUGUGCUUUUGUGUGCGUGUUUUAGUGUGUGUUUGUGCAUAUUGAAAACGUUAGCGUCUGUGUCUGCUCCCGUACAGUAUCUGAGAAUAAGGCGUUGUGCCACCCAUCCUCCGUGGACUCCCUGUCCACCAGUGCAGCCACUGAGGACCACAUCUCCAAGGGGGGCUGGGCCGCUAGGAAGGCCCUGAGGGUGGUGGAACACGUAGAGCAAGGUAACUCCUACCAUACAGUCACAUGGCACUAAUGUGUGAGAUGCUCGUCCCAUCAAACAGCAUGCCUACAGAGUUAACCCUGAGAAUAAAAAGGCAUCGCUGCCUCUGCUUUUCAGGUCUGGCCAUAGAGCUGCUUGCUGCCUGUCAAGCCCUGGAGUUUCUCCGCCCCCUCAAGUCCACUACCCCUCUGGAGAAGGUCCAUGAGCUAGUGCGUUCUGUUGUCAGGUAAGAACCAUGAGAAUGUGGAGCUCUGAUUCGAGUACUGCCCAAUGUUGUUGUUCUGGAAAGGUGUGUGGAGAGUUCUACAGCACAUCAGUUUAUUCUUAUUUCCCAUCAGGCCUUGGGAUCGUGACCGUCAAAUGAGUCCUGACAUCGAGGCUGUUCACACGCUCCUCAGGGCGGAAAAGGCAAGAGACUUACUCCAUCUCAGUAUUAUAUUUAUCGUUCCAGCUAAUUGA